AUGAUGCCAUUACAAAGAAAAGUGAGUGAGACUCAAGGAUUCCAAGUUGAAACAAGCGAGAAUGCUGGGAUUUCAUUGAAGCAGAGCCAUGAGCUUAUGGGAAAGGAGGCAGGUAGGAUGGAAAAUGUGGGAUAUACUCGGGAAGACCUGAAACGAUAUCUUCGUACUCGACGGGAAAGGAGUUUGAAAUAUGGAGAAGCAGGAAUGUUAAUUGAUUACAACUUUUUUGGAGACGUAGUCACAUUCGACACAACCUACAAAAUAAAUAAAGAAUAUCGCCCACUUGGAGUGUUUGUGGGUUUUAACCAACAUAGGCAAAUUGUGAUAUUCGGUGCUGCCUUUAUGUAUGAUGAGACUAUAGAUUCUUUCAAAUGGGUAUUUGGUACAUUUCUAGAAGUAAUGUGCGAAAAGCGUCCAAAUACCAUAUUAACCGAUCAAGAUCACGCCAUGGCAGCCGCUCUUUCAGUUGUCAUGCCAGAAACAUUUCACGGUCUAUGUACGUUUCACAUAAGGCGUAAUUUUAUGAAACAUCUUGGCAAUCAUUACAAGAAAAAUAGUGAUAUUCCAUACAUGUUUGGUGCCUGCAUGUAUGAGUUUGAAGAAGUGGAACAGUUCAAUAGGGUGUGGGAGGCGAUGUUCUUUAGACAUUUCAAUCGAGUGAUUGAUGAUAAGAGACAUAAUGAACUCAUCGCAGAAUAUGAAAUGAGGCAAAAGCUCCCUAUGGUUGGGUUGAGGCAAACACCUGUGCUUGUACAUGCAGCAGAGACGUAUUCACCCACCGUAUUUGUUGCAUUCCAAAAUGAAUAUGGCGAGUCAACAGCUAUGGUUAUAUUGAGACAACAAGAUGCAGGGAUGUUUGUAGAGUUUGCGGUCAUGAGAUAUGAUGGAAGAUCUGAAAGAAUAGUGGUAUUCAUUCGGAAUGAUCUAAGUGUACAUUGUAGUUGCAAAAAAUACGAGAAUGAAAGAAUUUUGUGUGGACACUCAUUGAAGGUGUUUGAUACCGUAGGCAUAAAGACAAUUCCUCUUGAAUACGUUAAGAGACGAUGGACAAGAAGAGCUCGAGCUGGAGACUGUUUUGAUCGGUAA